AUGACUUCCUUUGUACCAGAGUCACCAAAGAUCUCUCCCAAAAAAAUUUCAAAUACUUUGGCAUCUCAAGAUAUUACAUCAAAUGAAGACACUAUAAAAGAGAAUUCAACAUUUUCGCUCUCUCCAAAUAGACCUAAUUCUGUUCAUGAUAAAGUUGCACUUUUGUCUAUCCAUGGAUCAGAUGGGGCUCAUAAGAACCUCCUGGAAUCGUUAGAAUCCAAGAUCAAAGCUCCACCUAAAAGAAGAAGAUCCAGUGCUCAACUUGCCUUACAAAUUAAUAACAACAGUAGCCAUAAUGAGUCCUUAUCAAGAAAAAAUAGUGUUACGAGCAUGAAGGUAAUUAAAAAAAAGAAGAAGAUGAACAAACCUAUGGAAUUAAAAGUGUUUGAAACUGCUUAUACUAAGAAAAUAUCCAUUAAAGACCUAAGAGAUUUGACUUUAUUCCUUAUGAAUGCUAACAAUAAUAUGCCUCAGUGGCUUAGAUUAAAGAAUAGACCUCAAGUGUUGAAGAUGGUAGUUCUAUUUAUGCCCGGACUAGAACCUCAGGAUUUUGAGAUACCAUCAGGUAAAUCUUUCUCUACUGAUCUACCAUAUGAUAACCAUAUAUUUUUGAAAAAUAAUACAAACGAAACUUUGAUACAGAACUGUACAUCAGUACCAAUUACAGCUCCUGGUUCCAGAUUAUCCUUAUUCUCAUCAUACAAUUCAUUUAUAAAUGUUGGUUUAACAAAAAAUGAAAAACAAUUAAAGAAGAAUGAAUUAUCAAAUAAAAAAGUUGUUAUCGAUGAUUUAAUCAUGAGAUUAGAUCAAUUGAUGGAAAAUGGAUAUCCUAUUCACCCUCACACCGAAGGUAUCACUGAUGAAGAUAGAGUCAAAGACAUCGAAAUAAAUAAUGCAAAGGAGAAUGAUCCAUUGUGGUAUAAUACUAUUUCAUUUGAUCACGCAGGUUCUCAUAUAUUUGGGCUAGAUUGUGAAAUGUGUCUUGCUGGCAAAGAUUUUGUUUUAACAAGAGUCUCGAUCUUAGACUUUCAAAAUAAUGUCAUAUAUGAUGAGUUAGUUAAACCAGAUGUGGAGAUAACCGAUUAUUUAACUAGAUACAGUGGUAUCACCAAGGAGAAGUUAGAUCCUGUGACUACAACGUUAAAGGAUGUUCAACAUAAAAUAAUUAAACUGAUAAGUUCCAAGGAUAUCUUAAUAGGUCAUUCAUUACAGAGUGAUCUUCUUGCAUUAAAAUUAAGACACCCAAGAAUUGUUGAUACUGCUGUAAUAUAUGAUCAUAAGGCUGGCCCACCUUUUAAACCAGCUUUGAAAUAUUUAGCAUCUGAAUACUUGAAUAUUAGUAUCCAGAAUAAUAAUGAUGAUGGCCAUGAUUCUAUUGAAGAUGCUAGAACGUGCAUUGAAUUGACCAAAUCAAAGAUAUUGAAUGGACUAUGGUUUGGUAUCUCAAUCAAUACAGAAAAUUUAUUUGUGAGAUUAAGUGAGAGGAGUAAUAAGAAAUCAUUAAUUUUAAAUGAUUAUGUGUCCAAGAAUUUCGAUUUAAAGGAUAAUAUUUGUGUUGGUAAUUCUCAAGCAUUAUCAUUAUCUAAAAAGAUUCGUUGUAUUAGUGAUACUGAAGUUUAUGAUAAUAUUCAAGCUCAUCUCGAUGAUUUUGAUAUUUGUGUUGGUAGGUUAAGAGAACUUGAGUUCAACAGAGGUUAUUCCCAAAGACCCCCACGAUCUGCAAGUGUCAAUCCCAAGACCAGUGAUGAAAUACUGAAGUUAUUCAAUGAACGUAUCAAUAAAAUAUAUGAAGAAUUACCCGUAGGCAGUGUGAUAUUUUUAGUAAAUGGAUGUGGUGACACAAAGGACUUCAAUCAUAUUAUGCAAGAGAUGAAUGCGUUGAAUAAAGAGGAUAGAAUUGCUAUGAAACAAGAACGUGGUGAGGAAUUGGCUAGUGCGGUCUUGAAGGCUAGGGAUAGUGUUGCCAGUGUAAUUGUAAAGACAGAAUCUACUACUUUGAAUUGA